AUGAUAUCCAUAGCCUUAUGGAUGGUCUACGCCCUAAUUGGGUAUUUCCUUCUGAAACGGCUGAUUCUCGAGCAUAUCUAUGUUGAUUAUCGUGGAAAAUAUGUGUUCAUCACUGGUUGUGAUAGCGGUUUUGGUCGAUUACUGGCGUUGAAAUUGCUGAAAAUGGGAGUGAACGUGUUCGCUGGAUGUUACACCGAGAACGGUCGGGAGGAUCUGAUCAAAUGUGGCCACCAAAUCAACGGUGACGGUCAGUUGCACACUGUUCUGAUCGAUGUCACCAGCGAUGAGAGUGUUAUAAAAGCCAAAGCUGAGGUUGAAAGUAUUCUUAAUGUUCAGAGAGCUCAACUCCAUGGACUUGUCAACAAUGCUGGAGUAUUCACAAUUUUUGGUCCUGACGAUUGGUGUUCCACGAACGAAUACUUGGCAUCACUGAAUGUGAACACUCUGGGCUCAGUACGCGUCUGCCACAGUUUUCUACCUCUUAUCAAGGGAAGCAAGGGCCGAGUUGUGACGAUGGGCUCAACGGCCGGUCGUCUUCAUGGACUCUAUGUUGGUCCUUAUGUCACAGCGAAAUUCGCUGUUGAAGCGUAUAUGGAUUGCCUUCGGCUUGAAAUGAUACCUUUUGGAGUAUCCGUUCACAUUCUUGAACCUGGUGCAUUCAAAACGGAAUUGCUGAGUGAAGGUGCUCAGCAUGCGAGAGUGAACAAAAUCUGGGAAAAGCUACCAGUAGCGGUAAAGGACGAGUACGGAGAGGAAUUCAAGGAAAACUUCAAAACCGCGUGGCAAACUGGAGUAAACCUGGUAGCCAAUCCGAAUCUUGAUUGGGUCGUCGAUAGCUACACCCAUGCUUUGUUUGGCUACUGGCCAAGGCUGAGGUACACACCGGGAUGGGACGCAAUAUUCUGCUUCAUACCGCUCAGCCUUAUGCCUACCUGGAUCCAGGAUGCAGUGCUGCACUUUAUGUAUUCCAUGCAGCCUGGACCACCUUUGAAUAUUGCAUCAUUGCGGAAACGGUACGUUAUCGUUAACAGAGGGUAUUUAGUUGGCUUCAUGAAUCCAUCCACAAAACAAAAAUGGCCUUGGUAG